UCUUCUCAAGUUUGUUGAUUAUCAAUUCUUUGUAAUUGUUUCAUUUCUCGAUAAUUUCUUUAGUUAAUUUUAAAUCAAUUUCUUUUCCUAAUUAAUAAUUAUGCCUCCUCAACCAUCAGGUAAAGCUGUGAAAAAAGCCGGUAAGGCCCAAAAAGCUGUUCGAGCUACCGACAAGAAAAAGAAGAAGAAGCGUAGGAAGGAAUCUUUCUCCAUCUACAUCUACAAAGUGUUGAAACAAGUUCAUCCUGACACUGGAAUCUCAUCGAAAGCCAUGUCAAUCAUGAAUUCAUUUGUUAAUGAUAUUUUCGAGAGAAUUGCUGCUGAGGCCAGUCGACUUGCUCACUACAACAAGCGAUCAACCAUCACAUCAAGGGAGAUUCAAACUGCUGUUCGUCUUCUCCUUCCUGGUGAAUUGGCUAAACACGCCGUUUCAGAAGGAACCAAAGCUGUCACCAAAUACACUUCAUCUAAAUAAACUCAUCCAUCAUCACCAUCAUCAUCAUCAUCAUCCCAUGUAACCCCUAAAAUUCAUAUAACCAAAAACGGCCCUUUUCAGGGCCAAUACUUAUAUGUGAAAAAGAGUUUUUUUAUAUCCAAAGCUUUUGACUCAUUGUGAAUAAUUUUAUUUCAUCUUAUUAAAUUAAGACAAUCUUUUCUCUUAAAAAAAA